UCGGUGUGUAACUCGGUGGUCCUGAAGUCUAGGAGUCGUGUACAUUUUGCUUUCCCUGGCUCUCGAGCGCUUCCCCCCUAGCGGGUGGGAGUGCAGGGACGGAAGCGCGAGAUGAGCACCAUGUUCGCGGACACACUGCUCAUCGUUUUUAUCUCCGUGUGCACGGCUCUGCUCGCCGAGGGUAUAACUUGGGUCCUGGUUUACAGGACAGACAAGUACAAGAGACUGAAGGCAGAAGUGGAAAAACAGAGUAAAAAAUUGGAAAAGAAGAAAGAAACAAUAACGGAGUCAGCUGGUCGACAACAAAAAAAGAAAAUAGAGAGGCAAGAAGAAAAACUGAAGAAUAACAAUAGAGAUCUGUCAAUGGUUCGAAUGAAAUCCAUGUUUGCAAUUGGCUUUUGUUUUACUGCCCUGAUGGGAAUGUUUAAUUCCAUAUUUGAUGGUAGAGUGGUGGCAAAGCUCCCUUUCACCCCCCUUUCCUACAUCCAAGGACUGUCUCAUAGAAAUCUGCUGGGAGAUGACACCACAGACUGUUCCUUCAUCUUCCUGUAUAUUCUCUGUACCAUGUCAAUUCGACAGAACAUCCAGAAGAUUCUUGGCCUCGCCCCUUCACGAGCUGCCACCAAGCAGGCAGGUGGAUUUCUUGGCCCUCCACCUCCUUCUGGGAAGUUCUCUUGAAAUCAAGAAGAACCCUGAAUUCCUGUCAUUCUUUUUAGACAUUCAAAUCAGACUGGC